CCUACUGCCGGGUUUUGGUUUCUGCCUGGGCAGUGAUCGUGCAGGCAGCGAUGUGGCUGCUGGCUUCACUCCUGUGCCUUACGCCCCUCCAAGCACACAUCGACUGUAUGUAUGUAGUUGGUAUUGUGGGAGAAAAUUUUACUUUUCCAGUACAAAUAGACCAAAAAGUAGUGGAACCUGUCUGGAAGAAAAACAAGGAUAUAGUGGCUGAAUGGGAAGAACAAAACAAACCGACAUAUUUUGAUCGUCUCCGUAACAGGAGUGUGCUUAUGGAGAAUGGAUCCUUGACUAUAUUUAACUUGGAGAAGGAUGAUGCUGGCACAUACAUGUUACAGUACUGGGAUUCUGUGAAAGAUCACUACUUAGACUUUGAACUUGAUGUGUUAGAUUCCCUUCCAGAACCUAAUAUAAGUUGCAGCACCAGUGGUGAUGAACUUGUAUUAAACUGUACAGCACGUUUCCAAGGGUCUCUAAGUUACACUUGGAAGCUCAGUAACAAGCCACACAGUUACCAGAACCAGGAGCUUUUCAUCCCUUUGAAGCGUGUUGGUACUAUCACCAAAGCUACAUGUAUCAUUAAAUUUUCGCAAACAGGAAGAAGUUCUGAAAUCUCUUUGAUUCAAUGCCUUCCAGAAGAAAAAGGAGACAGAAGCAGAGGUUCUCUUAUUGGAGCUUUUGUCCUUACUGCAAUUAUCCUAGUAGGAAUCUUAGUAUUCCUGUGCAGGAAAGGUACAAAUAAACUUGGAAGAAGGACUGCUCACGUUAACAAUCCAGUGAAUGGCUCAGGAGAACAUGAGCAACUUUUUUCUGGGAACAGCCAACAGCAGCCUAAUUCAAAGGGAGCUGCAUUUUCACAUGCUGUUCAUGAUGAGAAUGAAGAGCCCAAAGAAGCCUAGCUCUGCAGGGAUGCAUCAAAGCCGGUUCCUUGCAGCCCAGCAUCCUCAGAAAUUGUCAGCUGCACCAUGAAAUUACGGUCUGCAGGAAUUGCCCCACUCUCCAGUAUUUGCUGUGCUCCAGAAGGGAUGGAAAUGUGUUGGAACUUUGUUUAUCCUUGGGACUGAUAACCUGGGCACACUCUGCAGCUCCAGAGCCGACAUGAUGACACUUGGUCAGUAAUGACACUGAGGAGCUUCUGGAGCCACCCAGCCUUCUCCUGCCUGCCAGUGCACCUGCCUUGGCACACCUGGUGCUCGGUUUUUCUUCAGAGCCCCAUCCCUGCCACCUUGCCCUUACUCUCCGAGUUGAACUGUAGAGCUGGAACAUCUUUUACUAAGUACCUGGUUUUAAGGGGGGCCUUGAACUGUGAAGUAGUGCCAGUGUUAUCACAAACAGCUGAAGUGUGUUCUUUUUUCACAUUGCACAUUGUAGAGACUAGUGGGCUUGCCACUGCUCCACCCACAGCCUUGCCUUGGAGGGAUGUCCCUUGAAUGGGCUGUGAGUAGCUUACCUCAACCCUCCUGAAAGGAUGAUCCUCAGGUUGGUACAUCUUUUCUUAUCAUGGUGAGCUAUCCCCAAAGGCUUCAGUGGUCCCACCAUGCCCUAGUACCCAUGUUAAUCCUUUGUAAUCCAUUGGUCUUCCCCCUUGGUACCAUGUUGAGAAGGAUAAGGAUGUGACAGGAGGGUCUCACAGAUAUGUAUGCAUAACAGGAAGAUCUUUGCUUGUGUAGAAUCUGAAGAAGGUAUAGAAAUGAUAGCAAGUUUUGAUAUAGAAGAAGAUAAUUGCUGAGCCAGUUCUACUGGGUAACUAAGAGGGCAAAGAGCAAGUGAGUUGGAAGGGGCUUUUAUGACUUAGAGCAAAGGAUAAAUCCACCUCAAAUAAAAGAUGUUUUUACCAAGCAGAAGGAUUUUCACAGACAAACAAAAAUACCAUGUUGCAAGUAAAGAAAAGAUCUCAGAAUCUUCCACUGCAAGAAAACUGAAAAACAACUUCUAGCUUAAACAUACUAACUUUUGGUGAGUGGGAAAUAGUAACAUUAAUAUGGUAAUGUUAGUAGUUAGGAUAGGCUAUAGGUAAUAGUCAAGGUGUUGAUUGGUUGUUAUGUAAUAAGAUGCACAGCAGAGUGAGAAAUAUAACACUUUGUAACAUGAAUAGAACAUGAGCUUCAUGAUAGAUAGUUUGCCUAUAGAUGUCAGCUAUAAGCCCACCUAGGACCCGCAACUACUGUAACCUCGUCUAUGCAAUAAACAGCAUCUUGAGAGCUGUCUGAAGUCUCCAUCUCUCCAUCUGGCUCUUACAGUACUACCCUUGUUUUCCCCCAUAAACCCCCCAGUUUUUCCUCCAGUUCUCUAGGGAGCUGUUGUCCCUGGCUCCCUUCACAGAGCUGCUACAUAAUAAAGGAAUCGCCAUGUGUU